GCCGCUGUCGGUGGCGCGGGCCGGUCGUGUGGACCCUGCCGUGUCGCGGGCGCUUGCCGCGGGCCACAGCGAGCGCAGCGCCGAGACCGUCAGCCCCGCGGCGUCGAGCAUGGACUUCGAGGACGAUUACGUGCACUCUACUUGCAGGGGUGCUUACCAGGACUUUAACGGAAUGGAUCGUGAUUAUGGCCCUGGAUCUUACGGAGGGCUGGAUCGUGACUAUGGCCAUGGAUCCUAUGGGGGUCAAAGAUCCAUGGAUUCCUACCUAAACCAGUCCUAUGGCAUGGACAAUCACAGUGGUGGUGGUGGGGGUAGCAGGUUUGGACCUUAUGAGUCUUACGACUCCAGGUCUUCUCUGGGUGGGCGAGAUCUGUACAGAUCUGGCUAUGGUUUUAAUGAACCCGAACAAACCCGCUUCGGAGGUAGUUAUGGUGGUCGAUUUGAGAGCUCCUACCGGAAUAGCCUUGACUCUUUCGGAGGUAGAAACCAGGGCGGGUCUAGCUGGGAAGCACCUUACUCCCGUUCAAAAUUGAGGCCUGGGUUUAUGGAGGACAGAGGAAGAGAGAAUUACUCUUCCUACAGCAGUUUUUCUUCACCCCAUAUGAAGCCUGCACCUGUAGGCUCUCGGGGGAGAGGAACGCCUGCUUAUCCUGAAAGUACGUUUGGAAGCAGAAGCUAUGAUGCUUUUGGAGGACCAUCAACAGGCAGAGGCCGAGGCCGAGGACAUAUGGGUGAUUUUGGAAGCUUCCAUAGACCUGGAAUUAUUGUUGACUAUCAAAACAAACCUGCCAAUGUGACGAUUGCUACUGCAAGAGGAAUAAAAAGAAAAAUGAUGCAAAUAUUUAUUAAGCCUGGGGGAGCCUUUAUCAAGAAACCUAAGCUAGCAAAACCUAUGGAUAAGAUGAACCUCAGCAAAUCACCUACAAAAACUGAUCCUAAAAAUGAAGAAGAAGAAAAGCGGCGAAUUGAGGCUCGACGAGAGAAGCAAAGACGUAGACGAGAGAAAAACAGUGAAAAAUACGGAGAUGGAUACAGAAUGGCAUUCACAUGUUCAUUUUGUAAAUUUCGAACCUUUGAAGAGAAAGAUAUUGAACUGCAUCUGGAAAGUUCUUCACACCAGGAAACAUUAGAUCAUAUUCAGAAACAAACCAAAUUUGAUAAAGUAGUUAUGGAGUUUUUACAUGAAUGUAUGGUGAAUAAAUUUAAAAAAGCAUCUAUUCGUAAGCAACAGACACUUAAUCACCCAGAAGCUUACAAAAUAAUUGAAAAAGAUAUUAUGGAAGGUGUUACUGCAGAUGAUCACAUGAUGAAAGUGGAGACUGUUCACUGUAGUGCUUGUAGCGUGUACAUCCCUGCUUUACACAGCUCAGUUCAGCUGCACCUGAAGUCUCCUGACCAUAGCAAAGGGAAGCAGGCUUAUAAGGAGCAGAUAAAGAGGGAAAGUGUGCUGACUGCCACAAGCAUCUUAAACAACCCAAUCGUGAAGGCACGGUAUGAGCGCUUUGUUAAGGGAGAGAAUCCUUUUGAAAUUCAAGAUCAUCCUCAGGAUCAGCAGAUAGAAGGAGAUGAAGAGGACGAAGAGAAGAUUGAUGAACCCAUCGAAGAAGAUGAGGAGGAAGAAGAGGAAGAGGAGGAAGAAGGAGAAGAAGGAGAGGAAGCUGGAUCUGUGGAGGAAGAAGGGGAUGUGGAGGGAGAGGAGGGCACAGCCGCAGCAGCAGAGGAAGCUGAUGCAGUGGGAGAAGCAGAGGGAGCAGGGGAGGCAGAGGAGGCAGAGGAGGAGGAAGAGGAGGGAACCCAGGAGUUUGCCACCCAGGCCUGUGCUACUGAGCAGUGUGAGCACAGUCAGAUGUAGGCGCCAUACUUCACAGGGGCCGCACUGGCUGCUACCGUAGAGAAUGGAAGAUGCUGAGUAGCUUAUGAUAUGAGUUGACACCAUGUUGCAUGCAUUCCACAUAUUAAAGUUUGUUUUAUAUAAUUUCUAAAUGUUUGGCACUUGUUUAAUAAAAUGAAGUUAAGAUGAUUUCAGUUUAGUUUUUAUAGAUACCAAACUUAGAUAUGAUAAAUUGUUUGUAUGAUUUUUAAGCUUAGUUUUUAUUACCUUACUGAUGUUCAGGAUUCUAGGUGUGUGUUGCUCCUCUGCCCGUUGUAAUCAUUUGAACUUAAAUGCUGCUCUUGGGAGUGAACCUUUAAGUGUGCAUUCAGUUUUUGAGUCCUUACUCUAGAUUGAUUGGACAAGUAUUUUGUCCUGGUUUUAGUUUUUCUUUUUUUACAUUGAAUAGCAGCUAGCAUUAAGAUGGCUUAAAGGAUUUUGUGUACAGUUCCCUUUGUAGCAAUAAAAUGUUU